AUGCACCCAAGGCGUUCUUUUUUACAAGAAGAAGAAGCGCAUGUAACGGAAGACUUGUAUGGGGAGCCAGAAGAUAAGCGGCGCCCUGUUGAAAAGCCCGAUCCUGACGCCCUGGAGCAGGCAGAAAGUGCAUCAAAGCAACCGUUGGCUGCGACUCCAACGACGACGGACAAGGACGAAAAAACUUCAGUCCCCUCUUUCGAAAAGAUGUCUAAAGAAAUGGUUUCGAUGGAUGUAACACAGGACACUUCUGCGCGAGAAGGGCCGGGAAAGAGUCCAAUACCUCGGUCCCUUGAGUCAGAGACAUUGCAACCUGUCGAGAGACCUGACGACGUAUCGCGCAUUUCAGAGAGUGAAUCUUUUAGGCCUCCUACGAUGCUUGAACCUAUCGUGGACGCCGAACCCAUGGAUAUGUCUGUUGUUUCUGACACACGCAGAAAAUCUGACACAAGUCACGCCAUGGACGUUACGCCAUGUGAUGAAACAGAAGAGAUGCAGCGCGCAAUCCAAGCAUUAGUGAAACAGCUUAUGAUCAAAUACCCCUGGUCUGAAAAGGAAUCGCAUGCUUUGCUCGAACAAAACCAUCGGAUCGUGGCAUCCUUGCGAGUACCAGCUGCUUUGGGUCUGCAGAAAUGUGCUGAGCAAGAACCGGGAGUCGCUGCCGGAGAGAUCGAUGCUUACCUGAAGCAACGAAUUCAUGAGUGUCAACAGUCCCAAGAAGCUAAACUUACAAGGCUUCGGAAUGAAUACCGAGCAAAGCACCAGGCAUGGGUCAAGUACUGUGAGCGGCUUGAUCAAGAGCAUGAGCAGCGUGCCAUGCAUCAGGACGAUCCAGCAUUGAGCGCGAGUGCCCUGCCUUCAACGUCGACAACGUCAUCGUCGGCCACCACUCGCUCGUUCCGACGGGGUGGCAUUGGCUCAGGUAGUUUUGGUGACGCUGUGCGGUCGGAAGCAGAAUUUCAGGAAAUUCUCGCUUCACUCGAGAAUGCUGAGAUGCAAGAUCCCGUCGUCCGUGCAGCACGUACAUCUGCUGUCAUUCCUGACAUGGAGCUAAAGGGUACACCAUUUUUUGAUGGUGACAAUGGGCAUGUGGCAGAUCCGGUGAGUUUCUAUUUUGGUGGGUUUGAUCCAGACGUAUGGAGUGAGGAAGAACGCGCGACCUUUGCUCGCCGAUACGUUUUGUAUCCAAAGCAAUUCGGUCGCAUUGCUGAGAAGCUGCCCCACAAGACGCCGAACCAAUGCGUCGCAUUUUAUUAUUUGCACAAACAUUUGGAGGGUUACAAGGCGCUGCUCAGUGCACGACACAGGGAGCGGCGCAAAAAGACUAAAUCACGACCAAAGAAAUCCAAGGGCAGUGCACUGAUGGCCGACAUAGCAGCAACUCAGCUUGAUGCCGAGGAUGAAGAGAAACGCUCAGCGACGGGAUCGACCAAUCCGGUUUCAACAGCUGUGCCGGCGCCAGCACCUACAUCGAAGCGGCGCUCGGACGAAGCGGCACCGAAGUCCAAAAAGCCAAGGCCUGCGUCCAAACCACGCCGGGAUGCGCCAUUGGAGACGGACAAGUCAUCUGUGGGUGUGGGUGCUGAAACGGAGUUGGAGCGUGACUUGGCGGCUGCAGAAGCGCUAGAAGCUCUGGCCAGCCUCGCUGCUCCUGUAGCAGCACCAGCACCGGCGCCAAUGCCAGAAUCAGCCGCGGUCAUGCCAUCGUCGUCGACGCCAGCACCAGCACAGGCGUCUACGCCCGUGUCUGAUCCAUCGGCAGCUCCAGCCACAACUGCAUCUCCUCCCACAGCAUCGACUCUCGCACCAGAACCCAAGAAACGUCGGCCAUCAAGAGUGAAAGAUAGCGACGAACCUAAAAGCCGUUCACGGGGUCCGCAUUGGUCCAUGUCGGAGAGGGCCGAGUUCUUGCGACUCCUUGCCAUCUAUGGGAAAGACUGGAAUGCGCUAGCUGCCUCGUUCCCCGCCAAAACGCCAGCACAGACCCGCAAUUUUUUUGCGCGGCACGCUAGCGAGAGCAGCCACUUCCAAGAGGCAGCUGGUCUGGCUCAGAAGCAUGCGCACAUGUCGUGGGAAGACAAGGCCCAUGCAGCUGCGGCUUUUGUUCGUCAUUGGUACGAUUCUUUGCCGGAGGGCUCAGCGAAGGCCUCGAUUCUCGGUUGGCCGUCUCCCGGGAUGAAGCCUCCAUCUCCGCCGCCAAGAGAAAUGUCAGCUGCCAUCGAUGACGAGACGGACGAUGAAGACCAAUUCUCUGCGGGCACUGAGGGCCCAGGGCAUGCACACCCAGUACCACCGCCAGGAAUGCUGUACUCAAACGCUACGGUAUCGCCGCCUCCCAACAUGCUUGCAACCUCUACGCGUUCUCAUCCACAGCAACAUGCACAUGCACAUAUCCAGGUACCAUUGCCCCAUGCUCAGACUCCACAAACAGCUUUUUCCGGUGCAUCGCAGCCCCAGCAAGUACCACCGCCGCUAGGCGCCGAAACUCAUUGGUCGCCAGUGGCGCAACCCAUGAUGGGCUUUUCAUAUCCCAACUACUCGGCGCCACCACGACCCACCCACACGCCCUCUCCAGCCUCGUCCAUGUACUACCGAGAGCCUAAUGCUGCGCCAUAUGGUGCUGCGCCCAUGCCACCGCCGAUGAGCAUGUAUAACUAUCCCAUGCCUCCCAAAUAUGCCCCUCAUGACUCGAUGUAUGCGCCAUCACCGGCGUCUCGUUUGCCCAUGCGAUCUGCACCCAACAUGGGCUAUUUCCAUCCUCGGCCAGAUCGCUGGCAUGGCUAA